AUGACGAGUCUCAAAAGGUCUUUUGGGGCCGAUCCGGCGGCCCCCAACCUUGCCAGCAAGGUCUACGUGCGGUCUACCAGAAGUGGCAAAGUUCAGAAGAUCGUGAGGGAGCUUUACUUGCGGCAAGACAUCCCAUGCUCGUCCAAACUCUGCUCAGCAUGCUUGGACGCCGCUCCCAAAGACUACAACGGCAAGGUGGCACCGUUUGUGCUUUCAGAAAAGCCAGCCGGGACAAAGACUUUCCCUAGCGGCCACUACCUCAUUCCUGACACCAAUGCUUUUCUCACUGGAAUGGACCUUUUUGAGGUUGAAACUGCGUUUCACGACGUGAUUGUUCUUCAGACUGUCUUAGAGGAGGUCAAAAAUCAAUCUGCCCCUCUUUACAACCGUCUUAUUAGCCUGACCAAGAAUGAGGGCAAGCAUUUUUACGUCUUCUUCAACGAUUUUAGGCUAGAGACAUACAUCACCCGGGGCGAGGGUGAAACCAUCAACGACAGGAAUGACCGUGCCGUCCGCAAAGCCGUGCAAUGGUACGGCGAGCACCUGCAGCAGGCAAUCAAGUCACGACCGGGCGCAGCCAAGUGCCCCUCUGUUGUCAUGCUCAGCGACGACAGGGAGAAUCUUCGCAAAGCAAAGGCCGAGGGACUCCAGGCCCUCUCGUUGUCCGAUUACGUUGCCGGUCUUCCUAAUGCAGAGCAGCUGUUAGACAUGGUUGCUUCUGGCCAAGAGCAGCGCGAGACCAAAGCAAACCAGGGCCAAUGGCUCUACCCAGAGUACUUUACUCUGUCGAAAAUGAUGACUGGCGUGAAGAAUGGAACAUUGCACCAGGGCAUUUUCAACGUGUCGCCUUACAACUACCUCGAAGGCUCAGUGCACGUGCCGGCUUUCGAGAAGUCACUAUUGGUCCUUGGAAGAGAAAACAGCAACCGUGCGGUCUCAGGAGAUGUUGUGGUGGUGGAGGUACUGCCGAAGGACCAAUGGAAGGCUCCAUCUUCAAAGAUUAUCGAGGAGGAGACCUUCAACAAGAACGAGAACGCAGAUGUCGAGGAAGGCGAGGCGGUCGUCACCGAGAGGGAAAGAAGAGCUCUGCAAGAGGAAGUCAAACGAGUGCAAGGGAAGAGUGCCGAGGGCCGACCGCAACCAACAGCACGCGUUGUGGGCGUCAUCAAAAGGAAUUGGAGACAGUAUGUCGGUCACGUCGACAGAGAUUCUGUCAAUUCUACGGCAAAGCAAAACCGCGCGCAACAAACCGUCUUCCUCAUUCCCAUGGACAAACGUAUCCCAAAGAUCAGGGUCCGAACACGUCAGGCAGGCGAAAUGCUGGGCAAGCGUGUGCUUGUCACAAUUGACGCCUGGAACAGAGAGUCGAGGUAUCCCAUGGGUCACUUCGUCCGAUCACUAGGUGAACUCGAAUCCAAGGGGGCGGAAACCGAGGCACUACUACUGGAAUACGACGUCCAGUAUAGGCCUUUCCCGAAGACAGUACUCGAUUGUCUUCCACCUGAGGGCCAUGAUUGGCGGGUUCCAGCUAGCAAGGACGACCCUGGUUGGAAGGGCCGACGCGAUCUUCGGGAUUUGCUGGUCUGCAGUAUUGACCCACCGGGUUGUGUGGAUAUCGACGAUGCUCUGCACGCCCAUCCUCUGCCGAACGGCAAUUUCCAGGUUGGCGUACACAUUGCCGACGUCUCCCACUUCGUCAAGCCGAAUAACGCCAUGGACAAGGAAGCGAGCAUGAGAGGCACAACUGUGUACCUUGUGGAUAAGCGCAUAGACAUGCUUCCCAUGCUUCUGGGUACGGACCUCUGCUCGCUCAAGCCAUACGUCGAGCGUUACGCCUUUUCGGUUCUCUGGGAAAUCACACCGGAUGCCGAAAUCGUCUCGGCAGACUUCUCGAAGUCUGUCAUUCGCUCCCGCGAGGCUUUCAGUUAUGAGCAGGCUCAACUUCGGAUUGACGACCGGUCACAAACGGACGAUUUAACCCAGGGCAUGAGAACGCUGCUGAUGCUCUCCAAGAAGCUGAAACAGAAGCGUUAUGAUGCUGGCGCGCUGAACCUGGCGAGUCCUGAGGUCAAGGUACAAAUGGAGUCCGAGACAUCGGACCCGGUGGACGUCCAGACAAAGCGACUCUUGGAUACCAAUUCGCUUGUCGAAGAGUUCAUGUUGCUUGCCAACAUUACUGUUGCCCAGAAGAACUACGAAGCAUUCCCGCAAACCGCGCUCUUGCGUCGUCACGCGGCUCCUCCCAAGAAUAACUUCGAAGAACUGGCGAACCAGCUCAAGGUCAAAAAGGGUCUGGAGCUUCGCGUCGAUAGUUCGAAGGCUCUUGCAGACUCUCUCGACACAUGCGUGGAUUCUAGUGAGCCUUUCUUCAACACUCUCGUGCGUAUUAUGGCUACGAGAUGCAUGAUGUCUGCCGAGUACUUCUGUGCUGGCACACAAGCCUACCCCGAGUUCCGUCACUACGGCCUUGCCAGUGAGAUUUACACCCAUUUCACCAGUCCUAUCCGCCGUUACGCAGAUCUGGAAGCACAUAGACAGCUUGCCGCAGCCAUCGAGUACGAACCGCUGGACUCGAGUCUGCACAGCAAGGCGAAAUUGGAGGGGAUCUGCAAGAACAUCAACGUGCGUCACCGCAACGCGCAAUUCGCCGGACGCGCAAGUAUCGAGUACUACGUGGGCCAAGCGCUCAAGGGACGAGUGGUCGACGAGGAGGGGUUCGUCAUGAGGAUCUUUACCAACGGCAUCGUAGUCUUCGUGCCGCGCUUCGGCAUUGAGAGCCUGAUUAGGCUACGGGACCUUGCGACGCCAGAGCCCGACGCCGAGUUCGACGCCGAGAAUUACGUCCUCACUGUUUCGGGCAGCAGAAACGUGAAGCUCGAGUUGUUCCAAAAGGUCAUGGUCAGGAUCAGCGACGAGCAGGAAGAGAGUACUGGCAAGCGCAAGAUCAAGCUUGGCCUACUCUAG